AUGGCGAGAGUGCCAGGAGGGUUGUGGAAGAAGCUCGUUGCCGUGCAGAUUUACGGUGCAAACACCGGUGUCGGCAAAACUGUCUUCUCUACACUGCUCGGCGCGCAUUUUGGGAGAAGAGCGGGUGCGAAAAAAUGGACUGUGCGGUACAUCAAGCCAGUAUCAACUGGUCCUGAGAAUGAAGCGGACGAUAGUUAUGUCCAAAGGUACAGCGGCCAUAAAGUGUCCACACUCUUCAAAUUCGACGAUGCUGUAAGUCCGCAUGUCGCAGCGAGGAAGGCAGCUCGAAUUCCCGCAGACGAGCACAUCAAUCAAAUUCUCGCGAAACACCUCCAGGAUGAAGCAGACGCAAUCGCAGCGCAGCAAGAUGCCAUGGGUGUCGCGCUCAUCGAGACCGCCGGGGGUGUGCUCAGUCCAGGACCAUCAGGGACACCGCAAGCAGACCUCUUCCGACCAAUGCGACUCCCCACAGUUCUCGUAGGUGACCAUCGCCUCGGUGGCAUUGCUGCAACAAUCUCAGCCGCCGAAUCACUCAUCAUACGCGGCUACGACCUCGACGCCGUUGUGUGCUUCGACGAUCAGAGUAAGUACGAAAACGCAGAGUACUUGAACCAGUAUUUUCAGAAAAUGGCCAUCCCGACUUUCACUCUCCCGUGGAUUCCGAAUCUGGACGGCAUACUGCUGGGUUCGAAACAAGAGCAAGAAGUCAUGCAAAAGUACUACACCUCGCAGAGCCAGACCGAACACACACAUCUCGUAGCCGAACGCAUCAUCCACCGCCACACCUCCCGCCUCGCAGAUCUAGACUCCAUGUCCGAGCAAACCAAAUCCGCUAUUUGGCACCCUUUCACGCAACACAAACACACCGCCAACGACUCCGUUCUCGUCUUUGACUCCGCAUACGGUGAUUACUUCCAAGUAGCCAGCACCGACAAGGACUCGGCCCUGUACCCUGCCUUCGACGGCUCUGCAUCAUGGUGGACCCAAGGUCUCGGGCACGGCAACCCGCACCUCGCACUCGCUGCUGCAUACGCGGCCGGACGAUACGGCCAUGUCAUGUUUGCUGGGGCUACGCAUGCGCCUGCCCUUAGACUCGCACAAAAACUGCUUACCAAUCUUGAGAAUCCGCGCUUGGAAAAAGUGUUCUACACAGACAACGGCAGCACGGCGACGGAAGUCGGGAUAAAGAUGGGGCUGCGCGCGGCAUGUAAGCGGUACGGCUGGGAUGGUGGGAAAGAGCAGGUUGGCGUGUUGGGCCUGAAGGGGAGUUAUCACGGCGACACGAUUGGCGCGAUGGAUGCGAGUGAGCCGUGUGUAUUCAACGAGAAGACUGAUUGGUAUCGCGGGAGAGGGUAUUGGUUCGAUUAUCCCACGUACAAGAUGAAGAAAGGGAGAUGGGUCGUUGAGAAUAUGGGCGAAGAGAAAAGCUUCGCGAGCCAAGAUGAGAUAUUUGAUCUUGGGAAGAGGGGGGAUGAAGCGCGAGCUUAUGAGGAGAGGAUUGAGAAGACGCUGGAUAAGCUAGUCAAAGAAGAGGGAAGGAAGUUUGGCGCGCUCAUAAUGGAGCCGGUGAUCUUGGGUGCGGGCGGGAUGCUCUUUGUUGAUCCGCUGUUCCAGCAAAGCCUCGUGCGUGUUGUGCGGCGGUACAAUUUUGCAUCCACCACUUUUCCCACCUUGCCAGACGAGCACGCAUGGUCCGGUCUCCCAGUCGUAUUCGACGAAGUCUUCACCGGUCUUAAUCGACUUGGGCGCUUCUCCUCGGGAUCGUUCCUCGGCGUUCAUCCAGACAUCAGUGUUCACGCCAAACUGCUCACCGGUGGUCUUCUUCCGCUGGCUGUUACAACCGCAAGCAAAUCGAUCUUCGACGCGUUUUGGGGCGAGGAGAAGUCUCAGGCUCUUCUGCACGGACACAGCUAUACUGCGCAUGCGGUUGGGUGUCAUGUCGCUAAUACCAGUUUAGAUGCUGUGGAAGAGAUCAAGAAUGGCGGUGGGUGGCAAAGCUUCAUUGAGGAGUGGCAAGCGCACGACGUGGAAAGACCUGUAUCGUCGAUUGACGAAGGGCUUUGGAGCAUGUGGUCGAAGGAUUUCGUGAAACAAGUUUCCAAUCACCAACGCGUGGACUUUGUCAAUGCGCUGGGUUCUGUGUUAGCAGUGUCUUUGAUCGACGGUUCUGGCUCAGGUUACACAUCAUCCGCAUCCGUUGGCCUGCGUGAUGCUCUGCUGCACAAAGCUUCCGCGUCAUCCAUUCAGAUCCAUUCGCGCAUCCUGGGCAACGUCAUUUACCUGAUGGCGAGCAUGACGGCGAAACCUGCUCAUUUGGCAGAUGUGGAGAAAGCAUUCUUGGAAAAGCUGGGUCAGUCAUAGCCACGUAGGAAGAGAGC